GAAGCGAGAGUAUCUCGCCACUUGGGGCAAGUGCGCGUGCGCAGCCUCAGUCAGCCGAGGUGGGGAACAUGGCCGUGAGGUUCCUGUGGGCGGUCCGGCGGCGGAUGCAGCCCCUCCUGGCCUCGAGUGGCGCGUCAGAUGGCAGGGGAUGGCUGCAUCCUUUCAGCACUGCCACCCAGAGAACCGCUGGUGAAGACUGCAAUUCUGAGGACCCUCCUGAUGAACUUGGGCCCUCUCUUGCAGAACGAGCCUUAAAGCUAAAAGCUGUUAAACUGGAGAAGGAAGUCCAGGAUUUAACAGUGAGAUACCAGAGAGCUAUAGCUGAUGGUGAAAAUAUAAGAAGGCGAACCCAGAGAUGUGUAGAAGAUGCCAAGAUAUUUGGAAUUCAGAGUUUCUGUAAGGAUUUGGUGGAGGUGGCAGACAUUUUGGAGAAGACUACAGAGUGUAUUUCUGAAGAAACAGAGCCUGGAGACCAGAAGCUCACUCUGGAGAAGAUCUUCCGAGGCUUGUCACUUUUAGAAACAAAGCUGAAAAGCGUGUUUGCCAAACAUGGCCUGGAGAAGAUGACACCCAUUGGUGACAAAUAUGACCCUCAUGAGCAUGAACUCAUCUGUCAUGUGCCGGCUGGUGUUGGGGUGCAGCCUGGCACUGUGGCAUUAGUAAGGCAGGAUGGCUACAAGCUUCAUGGCCGCACCAUUAGACUUGCCCAGGUGGAAGUGGCAGUGGAGUCUCAGAGAAGACUAUGAAUGGGCCCAGAGGAACUGAAUGUUCUCCCGGAGUGCAGUCACCUGUGAUUCCUUUAUUUAUUAAACUAGGUUUGUAUUGUA